CGCAAAUUUCCACCUGCAGGAAAGGAUUUUGCGACGCAUUUUCUGAGCCGCUUCACUUCCAAAGAACAAGGGAAUCGUUAUUAUUAUUACUGCAAGUUUGAUUCCGACGGAAACCUGUUCAGUUAACGGAUCGACAUGCCCCGCUCAUUUCUGGUGAAAAAGAAAAGGUGCGCGUCUUUUAAUGCUCACCGAUCAUAUGAGGACGAGCCGAAGGCCCCGAUGUGCACAGAAGUCCCACCAAAGGUUCAGAGUACAGACUUUUCAGACAGGCCUCAGUCGGAGGGACAGUCUUCCCCUCCGGACCACCGCUUGUUUGAAAAGGACGAGGCAGAGCUUGAAUGUCCCUUAUCUGCUCACCUAGAGCCAACCAGACUCCCUGUGGCUCCCACACAACCAUACUACCUAAAUGAGCCUCACAUGGCAGGAUUUCCUCCUUACUACAAGCCGACGUACGCCUGGGAGCCGGUGCCUUCCUCCUACGAGCUCCGUCAGAUGAGUUUCAGCCCCACAGUGCUGCAGCAUGCCAGCAAUCUGUACGGCACCCACAUCAGCCGCAGUCCACAGCCGCAGCAGCCUCUGGACUGCAGCACGCACUACUCCCCCACCUCCAGCACCUAUCACUGCAUCACCUGUGACAAGGUGUUCUCAACGCCCCACGGACUGGAGGUUCACGUCAGGAGGUCGCACAGUGGAACGAGACCUUUUGGCUGCAACAUCUGUAGAAAAACCUUUGGCCAUGCCGUCAGUCUGGAGCAGCACAUGAACGUCCACUCUCAGGAAAAAAGCUUUGAGUGCAAGAUGUGUGGCAAAUCAUUCAAGCGCUCCUCCACUCUCUCCACGCACCUGCUCAUCCACUCGGACACGAGGCCUUACCCCUGCCAGUACUGCGGCAAGAGGUUCCACCAGAAGUCUGAUAUGAAGAAACACACGUACAUUCACACCGGUGAAAAGCCCCACAAAUGCCAAGUGUGUGGUAAAGCGUUCAGCCAAAGCUCCAACCUGAUCACCCACAGCAGGAAACAUACAGGCUUCAAACCGUUUGGAUGUGACAUUUGUUCCAAGGGCUUCCAACGUAAAGUGGAUCUCCGCAGGCACCACGAGAGCCAGCACGGCGUGAAGUGAAGACCAAACGAGCACGAGAGCCUAAACCUAACAGCACCAAGUGUUUGUACAUGUACAUUAAAUUCCAAUGAAAACAAUAAACGGAUAUUGAUGUAAUCUAGAUGUCUGGUAGAUUUUGGAUGGAAGAAUAAGGAAGGAUGGAAGAAUAAGGAAGCUGUGAAAUAAAAUUCUAAUUGAAGGUGAUUUAACUUGAGAAAAAACUGAGUGAAUUAAAAUGUAUUAGUUAAUAUAUUGUAAUCUUAGUAAUAAGUAAUCUUUUAAAGAUGUGUUUACAUGUGGAUGAAUGGGAGAUGUGCUGAUGUCAUUUAGAUUAAAAAUAUGCUUUUGGCUUUUGAUAACAAAAACAACAAGAAUUGUAUCUUUGGCGUCAUAUAAUUUAUUUAAAAUAUGCUUGAGCAAUGUACUGUAUGUUGGCUGGAGUCUGUGUGUGAGUCGAUAAAUGCUUUCAAUUAAAAUAAAGGGUGAACUAGGAAAA